AUGGCGUCCGGAUACGGUCUUAACGGUGGCGUGUCACGAUGCUUUCCCUUCUGGCAGGACUUGCUCGGCUGCUACGUCGUCAACUCCGUUGAGGGUGAGGCUGGCAAGAAGAAAUGUAUCGGAGUUCUAGAUGAUUACUAUGAGUGCCUACAUCACAAGAAAGAGGCCGCGAGAACCCGAGAAAUGCAAAAUGCCUACCGAAAAGCCAUGUCAUCCCAUCCCAGAGAGAGCGCCCCCAGAGCCGAACAGAUAAGCCCAUUAGGAUUGCUGGGCAAAGAAGAUGCGAAAUCAUCAUGA